CGUCAAAUAAUGUGAAAUUAGUCGGUAAAGGAUGUAUCCCAUAUAAAUUUAACCACGUCUAGUGUUUAUUACCACUGUUAAAAUUAGUUUGGCUCUCGAUUCAUGAGUAUAUGCGAUAAUUGGAAUUUUCACCCGGAAGUUGUCAAAAAUGUCGUUUGGUUUUGAUACAAUGAUAGUUUAUGUUAUGUGAAGUUUUCAUAAGAAUGAUGAGCCAAACUAGUGAAAUGUAUUCCCAAGAAUCUACAAUUCCAUACGAAUUGUCACAGACUGAUGACGUAUUUUUUAAUGAACUUGCACAAGUUUAUGAGUUAUACCACAUUGGCCAUGAAUCUUUUGCAAAAUCAAAUGAUAACUUGACAGUUUUCCAAUCCAAUUUUGUACAGGUUGAAACUUGUGAUGUAGAUUUGGGAAAUCAUGCAAGUAUUUCAUUUGAAGAUGUUGAUGAUCAUUUUGAUGAUUAUGAUGGUGAUACAUGUGAUCAGGUUGAUUGCUUACUUUAUGAUGACCACAUUAAUUGUGGCGAAUCCGAGUCUGACCAAAUACAAAUGGAUCACAAACAGAAUGACAUUAGAAAAGAAGAUCAAAAAGAAGCAGAAAUUAUUUCAAAUUUCACGCGUGAAACAUGCCAGUGUAGUGUCUUUUAUGGAAGUAAACCAUGUUCAACAAUAGUUGGUGUUGAUAAUCUGCUAGAAAAUAGGACCCAAUGCCAGGAACUGUCUUCAAGAAAAAAAGAACUUGUAGUUAAAUCCCAACUUUGUACCCAAAGAAAAAAUAGUACUUUUACAUCUGAAAACAAAAAAAUCUAAAAAGUUGCGAACGAGACCGUCUCAGAAAUAUUUUUUCCAUGGUCAGCAAAUUUGUAAGAAAACUUUCUGUUUUGCAUUUGCAAUUUCUCAGUCAACUUUGAAAAGAAUGAGUAAGUCUUAUGACAUGUAUGGCCUGAGUGUCAAUGAACAUGGUAAUUGCAAAACAACACCUGCCCAUGCACUUUCAUUCGACGAUACUACAAGAAUAAAAAAAUUCAUUGAAGAAUAUGCAAAUAAAAAUGCAUUACCUUUGCCCGGACGACUGCCUAAUUGUCCAAAGCAGACAGUUUUGCUUCUUCCAUGUGACAAAAAUGUAACUGACAUUUAUGACUUAUACAUGAAGAGUGCAAAGGAAGCAAACUAUAGAGUUGUGUCUUUAAAAACAUUUAGAAACAAAUGGAAUUCAUUAUGCACCCACAUUGCAGUAGCUACACCAGCGACAGAUUUGUGUGUAAAAAUGUCAAAAAUUCAUGGGCAAAUUAAAAACCAAUGCUCAUCUGUCAGAUGAAGAAAGGCACAAUGUACUAAGUGACUAUACAUGUCAUGUUCAAAAGGCCAACCGGCAACGCCAACUUUUCAAGGACCCGGUUCUUUGUAGUAAAGCUGUGUGCAGUACUACAGAUGUCACUGAAGGUGCAGAACCAUGUUCACUAGAUGCCACACUUCACUACUCAUGGGAUUUUGCCCAGUGUGUACACUACCCUCAUCACGCCAUGCAAGUGGGGCCAAUCUACUUUGCGACACCAAGAAAGUGCCAUGUGUUUGGGAUGUGCGCUGAAGGAACAGGUCUGCAUGAGUCUGUUUUCUUGAGUAUGAUGCUACCGGGACAUACCAAAUUCACGCCAGAUUGGCACUUUGGUGUGUGGAAAAUAAAAUGGCGCCAAUCAGAUGCUGAAUGUAUGGAGGACAUUGCUUACACAGUUAAAGCAUCUUCUAGGUCCGGGCAUAACAUUCCGCAACGCGUAAAUGAUCCAUCUAGACCGGUGGUGUUUUUGAACUGGAAGACAUUUUUAGAAAACUAUUUCAAACUUUUAAAAAACAUCACAAAAUACUACCACUUUCGUUGCACUGCGGAUGAGCCAGGGUUUCUCAUUUGUCGAGAGUUCUGUGACUCGGAGGAAGUUAGAUUUAAUCUUCUUAAGGCAAGACCCGAGGCAGGCUGCCUUCCAACAGUUAAGUUUAUCCCCCUCUAGAUCAUCUGAGGCAGUGGUAUCUUUACGAGAAAAUUGCACCGUUCUUUAUCAAUGAAGUUGCCAGAGACAUUGUGUGUCCCAAACCAUCUAUUCCAAAGUAAAAAAUGUGAGAGCUUGUUAUCCUAUUAACAAUUGUUCAUUUUCUCAAAUUGUUGUUCUUGCAUUAUACUUAUGAUAAACUGUUUUCUGAUUAGUAUUCAUGACUACGACAUUUACAUGGUAUUGUUAUUUGUAUGACAAUUAGCUGAAUAUCUUAUUAAUAGUGUGUUUCUUUUAUUGAAAGUGACAUAGCAAUCAAUAAUCAAAAAUAGUUUAUGGGCAUAUAUAAGCUGAACUGAGAUUUAUAAUUAAUUAACAACUCACUCAGUGAUUUCACUAUAAAAUAUUCUGUACAGUAUGAUUAUUACAUUGUAUAAUAUGACUGGCAUGUGUUCAAAGAUAACUUAAACUGUUGUAGUUUGUAUUGACAUCAAAAUGUGUGAUGUAAACAUAUGUGUUCAUAUUAUGUAUCUAUUAUAUUUUACAAGUAAACGAACAUAUUUUGUUGUGUAAAGUUUAAUCUAUGGUGACGUUUACCAUUGAAUAUUGAUGUGCUUAUUGCUGUAAUUUUCUUUUAUUUGAAAAUCAUGUUUUUGGACCUCUAUAUAUGAAAUGGGUUGAUAUUAUUUUCUAUCUACGUUUAUGGUCAAUUUCAUUGUUGAUAACAGGUACAAAUGAAAUUGAUAAUUUACUGUUUCCAUAGCAACUGUUAACUUAAUUUAAAAAAAUCUAAUUAAUUGUGUAUCAAUCUUUGAAUAAAAUACAAUUGCUAAAUAAACCAUGUAUGGCAGUAUAGAUGCUUAACAAAAAUUCAAAA